AUGGUGUGGUGUAACCAUUGUGCGACGAAAGUUGACGGAUUUCGCCCCGAAGGCGGUGCUUUGGCUUGUGAUCAAUGUGGGAGGAUAUUGCAAAACUUCAAUUUUUCUGAUGAAGUUACUUUCGUUAAGAAUGCCGCUGGACAGAGCCAAGCUUCAGGUAACAUAGUGAGUAGUGUUCAGAGUGGGAUUACAAGCUCACGUGCUAGGAGAAGUAGAAUAGCUAGAGAUGAGUUAAUGAAUUUAAGAGAUGCCCUGCAAAUUGGUGAUGAGAGAGAUGAUGUGGUUAACAUGGCUUCCAAAUUAUUUGAUAUGGCAGCUGACCAAAACUUCACCAGAGGGCGCAGAUCUGAACUAGUACUCUCUUCCUGUCUCUACUUGGCUUGCAGGUUGGAUUCUUAUUACAGAUUUCUCUCCCUCAUAAUGGUUUCAUUUCAAACUUUUUUGUCUAGUUACGAGUUGGGUUCUGUGUACUUGCAACUCUGUGAACUGUUCUAUUUGGUGAAUAACCCGAACCUUGAGGACCUUGAGGAGCUUGUUGAUCCUUCAAUCUUCAUUUGUCGAUUCACAAAGAGCUUAUUGAAAGGUGCACAUGACUAUGCAACAACAAAAAAGGUCGUGGAAACGGCUAUGAACAUUAUAGAUAGUAUGAAGAGAGAUUGGAUACAGACCGGCCGGAAACCAAGUGGAAUAUGUGGAGCAGCAAUUUACAUAGCUGCCCAUUCUCUUGGUAUCACGUGCUCGACGACAGAUAUUGCACACAUUGUGCAUAUGUGUGGAGCAACAAUAACCAAAAGAUUGAAUGAGUUUGCUAAUACCGAAGCUGCAAGUUUAACUGUUGAGGAGCUCGCUGAUAGAGAGAUAUUGCAUACAAGACCAAAUUCCGACAAAGAAGUAGUCAACUGUAAGCAUAAGGAUUCAAAAAGUUUUGGUUAUGGAUUAUGUAAGGACUGUCACGAUAAGUUCAUGAAAGUUUCUGGAGGACUUGUUGGUGGGUCGGAUCCUCCUGCUUUCCAGCGAGCAGAGAAAGAGAGAAUGGAAAAAGCAGGUAGAGAAGACAACGAGGGAGGAAUUGAGAAAAGUGAAGGAGGAGAAACAUAUUGGAACGCUGAAGCUUCUGAUGAAUCAGACAAUCUUUCUGACCUCGAUGGUGAUCCUGAGGUGGAUUGCUGUUUUCUUGACGAGGACGAAAAGCCAGCGGUGAAGGCCUCUUGGGAAUUUCUUAACGCAGAGUGGCUUAAGGAGCAAGCAGCUAAGGAAGCAGCUCUGAAGGAGGUUAGUGAAGCUUUCAACGCAAGCAGUGCUAAUUGCCCACAAUACGCAAGAAAUCUUGUUGAAGCUUCUAAAGCAGCUGUGGCGAAAUCUAGAAAGGAAAAGCGACAAAAACGUGCAGAGGAAGAUAAGAACGCGCCUCCCGCGUCCACGGCUUUUGAAGCUUUUAAAAGAACGUUUGAGAGAAGAAAGGUGACAAAAAUAUAUAUCUUUCGUUUUGAGGUUUUCUCGUGUUUCUUUCUGAUUUUGAGUCUUGAACUCUUAAUACAGGAUUUAAGUAGGCACAUUGACUUCGAUCUUAUGAAAGAGGUUUUAGAUCCUUCCCGUUUUGCCGAGCUCGUAGAUCCUUCCCCAGGUGAGAAGUCCCCAAAGAAAUCGAGAACCGAGACAGUUACAGAGAAGAAGAAGGAGGAUGAAAUUGAAGAAGAGGAAGAAGAAGAGGAUGAGGAAGAACCAUACGAGAUGAACACAGAUGAGAAUUUCUAUGAAGACCAAGUGGAAGAGGAAGAUGAUGGUUAUGAUUUUGGUUUGUAA